GAAGUUUCAUUAUAAUGCUAAGUGUUAGCAGGUGUUGACAGAAAGUACAGGGACACAGCGAGGAAAUGGAGCUGUUUGCUGCAGCUGUGUUGCUGUUUUUGCUGGUUGGACGCAGCACCUCUUAUGAUGAUGGCGGCGUGCUGCUGCGCGACGUCAAGGCAUUGACUCUGUACAGAGGUCGCUACACCACAGCGAGACGAUCCAACCCCGUCCCUCAGCUCCAGUGUACCGGAGGCUCAGCGGGCUGCAAGGCCUUCGUUCCAGAGGUGGUCCAGUGUCAGAACAAAGGCUGGGAUGGAUUCGAUGUACAGUGGGAGUGUAAGACUGAUAUGGACAACGCGUACCAAUUUGGUUAUGUGGAGGUGAGCUGUGAGGGCUUCAGCUACCCUGCUGAUGACUACGUACUGAAGGGCUCCUGUGGGCUCGAGUACACACUGGAACUGACUGCAGAGGGCCAGCGGAAGAAUCAGGGCAGCACGGGCUCCAACAGUGGAUUCCAGGGAUUUGGAAAUCUCGGCGGCUUCGCCUCCAGUUUCUUCAAUGGUUUCUCUGGAAACAAGCAUCAACAUCAUCACCAGCAGAGCCAUUAUCAGAGCUCCACCCCAUCAGGCAGCGAGGACUCAGGAAGCCUGCUGGUUGUCGCAGUGCUUCUGAUCUUGGCGUACGGCAUCUACAAGCUGUUCCUCAGUGGGAACCUGGCUCAGUGGGGGCAGAAUGGUGGACAGGCUGGUUAUCCCAGAGAUAAUCACUAUGACUCCACGGCAGGACCACCACCCCCGGGAUUCAAACCUGAUUUCACAGGCUAUGCUGGUGCCAACCCAGGCUAUGCUGGUGCCAACCCAAGCUACGGUUUCCACAGUGACUACACUCACGGACAACAGUACCCAAGAGGCCAAGCCGCUCCUGGCACAGGUGGAGGCUUCUGGACCGGCAUGGGGACGGGAGGACUGCUGGGAUAUCUUUUUGGUCGCCAAAGAAACCAGCCGUACAACUUCAACUACUCUAGUUACGCACACAGCUCAGCACCUCCUGCUGGAAACCCCUCCUCUUCCUCUGGGACACGCACGGCUUCAGGUUUUGGAGGAACCAAGAGAAGAUAGAAGCUGAUGAGGUGGUGUGAUUCUCUACAGUGGAUGGCACUGACAGAAUGUGGACUGGUGCAGUGAUGUCAGAUGAGCUCAGUGUUGAACAGAGAGAUGAACACAUCUGACAGGUUACUAACAUCCCUACUCAGGUCUAUGCUCCUCUGGAGGUCACUCUGAUGUCAGCUGACAGGAAGCACUUGUUUGUCUGUGAACGUGUGAACAGCUUUGUGUGUGUGGGAGAACAUGAUGUGCAGUUUAUUGUUUUGAUCAGCGUUUUGUAGAUAGACUCUAGAUAGAAUCUUGUUGUUUCAGAUAUUUUUAUUGUGAAGCGGACAGUAUAUCAAAAAUACAUCCAUCUUUGGUUUAUGCAAUGCUUCAGUACUUUUUAAUAUAAGUAACAAAGAUGUCCUACAAAUAUGUAAUUAAAUGAAAAACAAUAGAUGGGAGAAAAAUGUGAAAAAUAUACAUAAAUAAAUAAAUAAAUAAAUACAUAUAUCUAUUAAAAUAAAUAUAUAAUAACUCCCUCCCUAACCCACCCCGUCCCGCCCACCCAGUACUACUCAGGUUGUCCUACAUCCUGUCUUAAGAAAGAAAGAAUUGGUUGCCACAUCCUUUUGAAGUCUUUCAACCUACCACUAAAAGAAUAACGAAUCCUUUCAAGGUGUAAUGUAUCAGUCAGUGCCGUUAACCAUGCUUUAAAAGUAGGUGUCUCCUUUUUUUACCAAUGGAGGAGAACAAGUUUUUCCCCACAGAGGAGGAUAGAAGGUGGCGCUGCAUAUUCUGUAGGUUCCCAGUGCUCCCUGAUGUCCCUAGUAUAACCAAGAGUGGAUCUGGUCGUAAUGUAGUCUUGAAGACCUUUGAGAAAAAUGGAAACACUGCUAUCCAGAAAUGUUCUAGUUUGGGGCACAGUUACAUUUUUUACAGAUGGGUGAUAUUUCUGGGAAUAUACUAUGUAAUUUUACUUUACUUUGAGUAAUGUAGCCUGUGCAGAAUUUUAAACUGGAUCAGGCAGUGUCUAGCAUUUAGGGAGCAAGUGUAUAUCUCAGGCUUUCCUUUCUUAUAUCCUCCGCUAUCCACAUACCCAAUUCUUUUUUCCCAGCCUUCUUUUAUGUGUUCACCUGGUCUAGCUCCUGAAAUGAAUCGUAUAUAACUGAAACUGUAUUCCUCUCCAUUAUGCAAUCUCUGAGACACCAGUCUAGCUUGACAGGGGUGGUGUUUUUUUUUUUUUUUUUUUUUAAAUGUCCAGAUGUGUCCUUACAAAAUGUCUGACUUUGAGAUAUCUAAAAAAUUCACUUUUUGACAGACCAUAUUUCUCUCAUAGUUGAUGAAAUGAUGCAAAUAAACCUCUAACGUACAGAUCACCCACACUGUGCAGUCCAAGUUGUUUCCAUCUAUCAAAGCCUCCAUUUACAAUAGAGGGGGUAAAUGAAUGGAUUUGCUGAUAUUGGGAGUGUAAAGGAUAGCUUCCUAAGUUUGAGUUGUUUUGAUAUUUGCCUCCAGAUUUAAAUAGUGCUGUCUAUAAUUGGGUUGUAGCUAUAGUAUGAGUUUUUUAAGGUGGAUGGGAGACAUCACAAUGGCACCGAUCGAAUAGGGAAAAAUCUAGAAAUGUUCUUGUAGAGAGGGCAGUGAUCCUUGCUUUCUGAGGACUUCUUCAGUCACACAGAUGUCUAUAGUAUGAACACUGUAGCAUUUUAGCACUUGUACAUUUGCAAAAACAAAUAACAUGCACACUUUCAGUACAGUGUCAUGGAUUAAACAUGUUUUUUCUUGUACAUUCAUCUCUCUCUCAUUCUCCUCAAUGCUUCAUUUGCCUUACCUGCUAGCCCUUAUACCCUUUGCUUUCUGUAUUAUUGAAUACAUCUUAUUUAAAUAGUAGAAUAUGUUAGUUUGAGGACAUGAUGUGUGAUCAUUUUGCUAAUAAAAAGAGAAACAAAAA